AGCGACCGUCUGCCGUUCCAGCCCGGUACAGUACACCGUCGUUUGAGUUCCAGUGCACAACCAGCUCGAGAUCAAAGGGUCCAACACAAUUACCUCAAGUCAAGAUGAAGUCCUUCUGCGUCGUUGCUCUUUUCGUGUCCUGCUGCUUGCUGGGAACAAUGGCUGCUCCAUCGUACGAACACGCCGCUCCCGCCCAUCAUGCCGUGCACACGUACCACGCUAAGGCACCGGCCGUCAAGUGCGGCGCCAACCUUCUGGUCGGAUGUGCUCCCCAGGUUGCCCACGUGCCUUGCGUGCCAUCGCACGAUCAUGGACACGGAGGAUACCACGCUGCUCCAGCCCAUCAUGCACCAGCCCACCAUGGUUACCACCGGUCCUUCGAUGCUGCCGAAGCCGAUGACAGCGAAUAAAACCCUUGGCGGAGGGACUCUUCCGGAGCUGGACGGAGUAGGGAGAUCUGCAUGAGCGGGUUUCCCGGACGGAACUCGCCACUGUCGAAGCGGAUGUAUGCCGGAACUCUGGCUACUGAGCAAGUGUUGGAUUUUAAGCGUUAGGGCAUCUCUGUUUUGUUAAAGACUGGGGAGACAAUAAAAGCAAUUAAAUGAAAGGUUAA